AGCACGACCAUUUACUGCCCUCUCUUCGCUCACAUCUCCCCUUCCUUCUUUCCCUCCCUAUUCCCCUUCUUGUCCCCUUUUUUUCUGCCUCUGUCGGUCAUCGGUCCGGCUUGGGGACGCUUCCCAUCUGACAGCUGCGACUUUUCUCCGCGUUUCACUAGCUUCCCCCCCAUCCGUCGAAUUACACAAAUCCGAGGCAGAUUCUCGAGAAAAGACCGACUACGAAACGAACUUAUCUUUUUUAUCGCUGAUACAACCUGUCAUAUUGAUAGCUCAACUGUCGGGGUGAGGUGAUCAAGGCCGCUUAUUCCCCCCCCCUGUGCUGGGGUGAAAUCCGCUUAACGAUACCGCUGCGGUCUUUCGUCGCGCCGUGCCCGAUCCGAUUUGCUCGACUUCGCGACCCAGACCGUCAACCGCUAGGGACAGGAGUCUGACAAGCGUUCGGCUUAUUUCGACGUGCUAUAUUCCUUUUGUUUAUUCUCCUGAUCUCUAUCUCUGUUCUGGCCGACCCCUGUUUUUGCGCGGCCAACUGUGUCGCAUUCGCCGUGUCCGUCGAUCAUGCUACUUUUCGGCCCUCAUUCACGCCUCAGGGAAACACUGGUAAUUUGAUCGACGCCCCGAGUUCCAGAUUGUCUACGGAUUACAAGCCCGACCGGAAGAACCCACGUGGUGAUUGCAUUGACUAGGCUGGGGGAGAAAUCACCGGUCGCCCGCCAUGUUGUCCACGAUGGUUCGCCCCGAGGACACUCUCAGGAUGCCUCGUUCAUAUCAUGGCGACCUUGAAGAUAAUGGUGCCAGACGAAUGCCAGAACCAACUGCCCCGUCAUCGUCAUCUUCUUCUAUUAAUACGGAAGGACUGUCAAGGAGCGAAGACGAAGCUACAUUGGUCAAUGGAUCAAUAGGUGAUCAUCGCAGCACCGCCUCGACCUCUGCGGGACCGCGGCUUCUGUCGCCGGAGGAAACGAUCGAGCUGGCUCGUCGUGCGGUGGAGAAUGGCAUUCAGGAAACUAAACGGUCUUUAGCGGGAAGUGAAGCGGUCAGUGAUGUGGUGAAGCCCAAGUUGACCAUCGACUUGGGCCAUUCCAAUAUCGUCCGCCUUCCGGAAGCAGUGGUGGAUAUCAUCAAAGAUGAAGUGGAGCGGCUAUCUCUGUCGCACAACCACCUGUUUCACAUCCCAUAUCGCUUCGCAGAAUGCUCGCAUCUGAAGUAUCUCAACAUCCGGUCUAACAACUUCCGUGAAUUCCCCAAAGGUGUAUACAAGUUACCGUUCCUCGAGAUUCUGGAUCUCAGUCGCAACAAACUCGGCCACCUUCCCGAGGAAAUCAAACGCCUCACCUCCUUGCGUGUCUUGUCUGUGGCGCAGAAUCGUCUAGAUGAGUUGCCGCUGGGGCUGUCGGAUAUGAACAAACUCCAGAUCCUCAAGGUGGCCGGGAACCCUUUGCGGCAACCCUUGCAACGGCUUCUGGAAGCACCGGAUGCCGACUUGGCCUCGUCCGCCAUGACGGAUAACGAGAAGGAGGUUGCCCUGACUGCGGAGCUGAAGAGAUUUCUCAAGACCAAACAGCCGGUCACCACCCCGGAAACCGAAAUCGCUGAGAUCGUGUGGGAUACUCCCAGACCGGUCAAGCAACGCGGAGUCAGUAGUCGAUUCCCUGUGAUCCCUAGCACGGGGGACAGUGCCUCCGACCCCAAGUCACCGUCUCUGUCUCGACCUCCGCCGAUUCCGCUGAAGUCCCAUUAUCGGGUAGCUUCCGGCCAGGCCUCUUUCCACAACGGCAUGCUUCAACGGCCUGGUGCGACCCCGCUCGUCGGUCUGAACGAGCGCAAUCGCAGCAACAGCGAAGGCAUCAUCCAAGCUUCCUUCGCGGCGAGGUUCAAGCGGAUGGGCGUGAUCAACCGGAAGAACACCGAUCUGGGAACCCUGAAUGAAGCGCGACCGUUUCGGAACAGUCACUUGCGCGGACUCAGUCACGGGUCCAUUCUCCGAAUCCGGCCGUCUGCCGCGAUGGGUGGGAACAACUCUCCCAGUCCCAGUAGUCCGAGAGAGCGCAGACGACUCAAAGAGGGCUUUGUCAAUCGCAUGUCAAGCUUGCCCGAGCAUAAGAGUGAGAGGGACGUUGCGGAUCCCAUCAUUGAGAGCGCCAAAGGCAUUCUAUUUGCCUUAUUCCAAGUACAGUCGCACAUUUCUGCCUUGAUCAACGUGAUAAAACGCGAUGAUACUCGACGGAAUAGCCUGGAGAUCGUCUUUUACAACGCAUCUACCCAUGUUCACCGGCUGAACGAGGCACUCGAGAAUGCCGAAAACCCUCGCUCGCAUGACCGAGACUGGACGCCUCAAUCGAAUGAGGCCGUUAGAAGGGAAUGUGAGACGUGCAUUAUGGCAUACGCCCACGUUGGUGCCCUACUACGCAACAGCUUGGAUAAGAUUGUUGCCAAUGGUGAUCCGCGCUAUGUGCGGUCACUGAUGCUUAUGAUAUACGGUGGCAUUGUGGAAUUGCGCAACGCCUGCGUGAGCCUUGGAGUUCCGCUCGAGAUGCGGAAACGGGCCUUUACGAGGAAGCCAUCCGUGCCCGAGAUCCACAGGGAACCCGAGCCGUCCAGUCGUGAGAAGCUCCCUGGCUCUGCGAUGACUCCGACCAGAGGCCGCGAGCCGAGUCUGACGGCGCGCCGGUUCCGCAGUGACACUACCAUCCAACGUCCCCAAAUAACCGCGAGUGGACCACCACCCAUGCCGACCCAUUCGCAGUCGGCCCUGAGCUCGCCAGGAUUUGCGCCACCGUCGUUUGGGUUCGGUUCGCGGAGUCGCUCGAGUAGCCGAUCGAACAUGGUCAAUACAUCGGUGCCUCCGUCACUUGCCACCCCUCGCUCCGGGGAGUCCUUCCCGCCGAUGCCGAACGUCGUUGUGCCCCGAGUCAACCCGCUCACGGGAUUAGAAGAGAUUGAGGAAGAGCGGAUCUUCGAAAGGAUAUUUUACCAACUGACGUCCGCAUACACGGCGGCCCUCCAAGCGUUGCCUCUGGCCCGUCGGCAGCUCAUGCGGUGUUUGGAGGUGGCUGAGCAGACGCGGGAAUCGGAAGGAAUUCAACUGCUGUGGAACAACCUAAUCCGGCGAUGUCGGAUAUGUCUGGAAGUAUCGGAGGCGCUGGGGAUGCGCCUUUCCAGCAUGAAAGUCAAGGAACCUGGGGGCGGGAUGCGCAACCAGCGCGAAUUCUGGCAACUCUGCAAAGGAUUCAUGCAGUCCUUCGUUGACCUGGUGACCGACAUGCGGGAAGUCAGGAGCAUGCAGCUGCUCCCUCCCGACAUGAUCACUAUUCUCCGUCCGGUCCAGAGGGCCAGCAGGGAGGCAGGUCGGCUGAUCGAGGCGUCGCCAUGGUCAUAUCUGGCCGAUAUGGCCGUGAGCAAUGCGCCAGGGAACCUCUACGGACCGCCCUUGCAGACUCAACAUCCCCAUCAUGCACAAAUGAUGUCAGCCCCGCACACGUUCAAUACUGAUUCAUCUCCCACCCCGCUCAGUGCUGCGCUUGGCCCAGCCGCGCAGGCCACCAUCCCGUCCACGCCUGCAAGUGCAUACAGCGACAAAUUCUUCGAAGGGGAUGUCUUCCAGCGAGCGGACUCCCUGCUUUCGAUGCCGAAACACGCACCCUUUUUCCCCCGACGUUGAAGUGCCUGCCACUUCUUCUUUGCUUUGUUCAAAUAACCUGGAAUCGACUACUAAUGUUGACUGUCGGUCGAUAUCCAUAACGACCUUACUUUAACGACCUACCCAUCUGUCCGUGGGCAAUGCGAGCCCAUUCUAGACCUACAAUCUUCCAGGGAUCUCCAUCACGGAUCGACAACCCACUUGCAUUUCAUCAUAGCUAGACGUCAUCAGAUUUACAAGGGAUAUCUCCGGACUUGUACGGCAUACCGCGACGCGUCCAGGCAUGACCAGACUGGAUCUGGCUACUGAUUCUGGACAAGGAGUUACUCCCAUACACUACUGGAAUGGCGUUUAGUACAUACAUGUCUGCUAACUUGGACCUCAAUGACUGGAAUGUUUAUAUAUUUUCAAAUUUUUUUCUUCUGAUUUUGAUUUGUUUAUUUAUCAUGUAGCAAGCGAUACAAAAAAAAAAUUAGAAAGUGAGGGCAAACACAACAGGAACACGAAAGUUUAGAAGAGAAUGAAUGAUCGUUAUGAAGCCGGAAUCAUCGGCGUUUGUCUGCUUGGA